AUUAGAAUAAAUGACUAAUUACAUGGAUCCUGAAGAAGAUGAUAAAGAAAUUAUUGAUUCCAUUCUUAAUGGUACCUUUUACUUAAUAGAAUUACAGCUCUCGAAAGUGAUGAAGAGAGAUCCUUCUCUCCAUCAAUGACAAGAUCUGAAACUAACAGGACUUAUUCUCCUUAAAUUGUACGACACUAAAAAUAAUUAUAGUAAUUGUAUUUUAACAAUAUAGAUAUUCAUUAAAUAAAAUACAAAGCCCAAUCAUUGGAUUUAAACUUGAUUGUUGGGCAAUGCAAUCAUUUUCAUUGGAUGACGAUCCAUACCUUGAUGGAGAUUUAGUAUUUAUUAUCAUCAAAAUAGAUUCUUAAAUGUAAAGAUCAAUAAAACAGCAGAAAAAUUUAAAGCUUGUUUGAAAAAGGAGAUCCCGAAUAAAAAGAAUAAAUUUUUAUAAAAAUAUUACCUGGAAUAGUUCAAUUAGCUAAUGAUAUAUUUGGAAAUUACGUUGUUUAAAGAAUCUUAGAAUAAGGCAAUUAAAAAUAAAGAGAUUUAAUCUUUGAUUAAUUAUCUUAAUCUAUUUUAGUACUCAGUUACAACACUUAUGGAUGCAGAGUGGCUUAGAAAUUAUUAGAAAUUUCUUAUAAUACUGAUAAAUUCCAAAAAAUUUUUACAAUUCUUUCAUCUUAAAUUAGAAAUCUUGUUGUAGAUAUUAAUGGAAAUCAUGUUAUAUAAAAAAUUGCUGAAUUGAUGAAAGAAUAAAAGAUUGAUUGGUUAAUUGAAGGAGUUUUAGGAUAGAUCUAAAAGUUAUCAAAUGACUCUCAUGGUUGUAGAUUAAUUUAACAAAUCUUAGAAUAGUCUUCAAUGCCUUAAGUAUAUUAUUUGUUCUAUAUUCCUAAAUUAGUUAAAUUAUGUCUAUAAAGAAUUAUUAGCUUUAUAAGAUGAAUUAUGUUUAUCAUAAUAUGGAAACUAUAUUAUUUAAAUUCUACUUUACAAAGGCCCUUUUGAAGUUUCUCAAAAAAUCCAGGCUAGUAUUAUUAGAAAUUUAGAAAAACUUAGUUGUGAUAAAUUUGGAAGGUAUAUAUGAAAUUCAUUUAUUAGUAAUGUGGUUGAUAAAUGUGUAAAUAUUUCUUCAUUUGUGAGAAAAGAAAUCCUAAAAAUAUUCAUUAACAAUAUGAAUGUUUUCUAUAGAUUAUCUAAUAAUUGUUAUGGGAAUUAUGUCAUAUAAAAUUUUUGUAAAUAACUUGAUUAUAAUUAACUUUUAAAAAUAAAUCCAGAACCUAAUUAACUUAAUACUUAAUUUGGCUAGCAUGUACUUUAAACUUUAUAAAAAUUGAAAAAUUGA